GUGUGUUGUUGCCCAGAGUAGGAUACUCGGGCGAAAAUAAGAGCUGAGGCAGACCGCUGCCCCGUACGCCGCGUGAUAGCAACUCAUUCCCAAAUUCAACAUGCUGACGGGGUGUUAGCUUUUAUGAUUGGUCGUUGGCUUUACAUUUGAGAUUACAGAGGGCACGAGAAACGUAUCACUUUAAGUCGCUGUUCCGGAUCUCUCUGUUCUCAGGUAGUCUACAUAAAACAGCUGACAAAAGAUGGAAUUCAAACAUCUAGUUGAUAUAGCCCAGGAAUGGUCUUCCGGGAACCCGUUUGAUCUUAUAGCAACAGAGGAGACAAAUGAGAGGCGGUUGGAUUUCUAUGCAGAACCGGGACUGUCAUUUUAUGUCGUGUGUCCAGACAUGAAUGGUGCUGACAAUUUUCAUGUGUGGAGUGAGAGUGAGGACUGUUUGCCCUUCCUGCAACUGGCCCAGGACUACAUCUUCUCCUGUGGGAAGAAAACCCUGUUGGAGAUCCUGAACAAAGUGUUCAGAUCCUUCAGGCCACUCCUGGGUCUUCCUGACACUGAUGAUGACACCUUCACAGAUCACCAUGCAGACAUGGAGGAGGAGCCUGAGGCUGAACACCAACAGAUGGGUGUCAGCCAGCAGUAACACCCCCAUCCCCCUGGCCCCCAUUUCUCUGCAGGACAAUCCUCCAUAUAUGCCACUCCCCUAUGCCUGCGUACACCCUCACACAGGACUGCCUGCUUGAACUGCGUCCACAUAGAACUUGUAACUCAAUUACUUUCUCCAGCCUUACAGCUCCUUAAAUACACACCAACCUUGUGGAUCAUGGGACAGUCAUUAGAUUGACACCUUUUUCAUUUGCCGGUUUUCAAACAUUGUACCAGGAGUUAUUAAUUGUAAGGGGUUUUAUAUAAUGCCAGGGUGCUACUUGUUCUGAUUUCAGUUUGUCUUAAAUGGUCAAUAAGUAUGACACUGACAGAACUGGAUUGGUGCUUUCCCUGCUUAAGUUGAUCAUUGAUUGGUUUGCUGAGUUUCUGUAAACAGCUGAGUUCCAGACAAAAGAGAAUGGGAGAGAUAAAAAUUUCAUAAACCCAAUAUAGUUAUAGAAAGAGAUGGCAGGAGGGAGAGGCAGAAAUGUCUG